CUCCAAUCUCUGAUCCCAUUCGCCCCCUCUCUCUUUAUUUUCCCCUUAUUUAAUUCCUCUUUUUUCACAUUCAGGAUUCCUUCUUUUGACUCACUUAUUUCGAGUUUUCUUUCCUUGGGUUCAUUUAAAUUCGUUUGCUCAUUUUAAGUGAAUGAUAGAAAGAAGAAAACAUGGAUGGUCUGAACAAGGUGGAAGUGAUAAACAGCAAAGGCUGUUCAAGGUUGUUUGUUGGUUUCUCACCUUCAGUGCCAUCGUUCAGAAGUUUCCAAUCUUCUGAACCAAUGUCUUCUGCUCCUAUCUCUCUUGGUUCUGAACCUUUAACGGUUCGAUCCACCGGUCCGUUUUCAGGUCUGGUUAUUUGCGUCACUGGCUUGUCUAAAGAGGCAAGGAAACAAGUUAUGGAGGCAACGGAGAGAUUAGGUGGUCAAUACAGUAAUAGUUUACAUCCUCAAUGCACCCAUUUGGUGGUCCAGAGCUUUAGCGGACGUAAGUUCGAGCAUGCUGUAAAACAUGGAUCAAGAAAUGGUCUACUCCUUGUUAAACUUGGAUGGUUUGUGGAUAGCGUCAACAGGAAUGUAAGGUUAAGUGAAUCGCUCUACGCCGUGAAGGGUAUUGGAGAACAUGUUACGCCUGAAGAUGAGUUGAAUCGGCUUGCUGUGUCGACCGCUUCCAAAAGUUCGUGUCUUCCUGCCGGUUUUCAUGAUGCCAAGAAAAUAGACACGAUAGAAACACCACAUGCGCGGUUUUACCAAAGAGGUCCUAAUAAAAGUUUGAACUCAAUGUUAUAUGGUCAUACCAUGUACAUUGAUUCUGAUAUUUCAGUUGAGCUACGGAAUAAGGUUCUUGAAGCUGCUUCAAAAGAAGGGGCCACAGUGGUAGAUCGAUGGUUUGUUGGUUGCGGUGCAAGUCAUGUGGUGUGCGAAAGAAGUUCCAUCCAUCGAUAUAUUGGCCACUCAAACAACAUUAUUACGCCACUAUGGGUCCUCAAAACAGCUAAGGAUAGGACUUUGCAGAGACUUGUUCACAUGUCUACUGAUUUAGCCAUGCAGAUUGGGGCAGUGAUCGAAAAUGCUCAGAACGCCAAUGUAGGAGAGGAAAAUAAUGUGGCUAAUUCGACGACCCCAAGCGUUAGAAGGAAUGAAAGUCAUCAAGAGAGGCAACAGAUUGUACAUUUAGCUAAAACUGGGGUUAGAAAUCGCCGCAGUCUCCGUAUGCAGACUUGUCAAACCCCAAUCCAUCCUAUAAGCCCAACCAGUCUUUUGGAACCAGUUUGCUGGUCAAUAUCCGACCCAACUUCGACUGCUUCUAUUUACACUGACACUUUGAGUGGCGAAGAUGUUAGUGACCAUCAAUCUGUAUUCUUUGAUGCAAAUGGUGAUGGCAAGGGUUCUGAGGCCUCUUUUACAAACUUAACCCGGUCACUUACAGAAAGCGAGAAAACUGAGUUAAUAAUCAAAAACCACUUUGUUACCAUACUGUUUCCGAUUGAUCGAUUUUCUGAGAUGGGGCCUUCUUCAAGGACAUAUUUCAGUGAUAACGGCUUUACAUGUCUGCAGAUUUUGGAUUGCAUAUAUGCCUUUUAUCAGGAGAACAUGUCAAUUCAUGAAAUAGAGGCUGCUAUUCACACAGACUCGAGGCAUGCCAACCAGCUUCGAUCAGCAUACUUGAGUAAAGAGACAGUAGAACGUGGAUAUAUGGCUUUCAAAAGAAUCGAUUUCUUAGGAAGUUGUAAAAGCUUUGAAAUGCUGAAGCGCGUUAGUCAAGAUAAUAACACUAAUGUGUACGAGCUCUUGAUCAGAGCUUAACCAUGUCUUUGCAUUGUAUGCCAUCAUAUAUCUAUAUUGAAUAUGGUAUUUAAUCUGCUGCA